AUGGAUUUUGGGUACCUGAAAGCGAGGAGUGGAGAGAUGCAGGGCCAUGAGCAUGCUCUCCAACAGCCGUAUGGAUGUUUGCUAAGAUAUAGCUACAUCCCUGUACUUCACCAGGGUGCCACCAUGACUGCUUGCAAUGCCACCCAGGGCCAUCCUUCUUUCUUUAUUCUCCAAGGCAUUCCUGGGAUGGAGGACAAACACAGAUGGAUAUCUAUUCCCUUCUCUUCCAUGUACUUCAUCACUAUCCUUGGGAACUGCACCCUCCUUUUCACCAUCUCCACAGAGCGCUGCCUGCACAAACCCAUGUUCCUGCUCCUCUGCAUGUUGGCCCUCACAGACCUGGGCAUGACCACAACCACCAUUCCCAAGGUUCUGUGCAUCUUCUGGUUUGGCCAGAGUGAGAUCAGCUAUGAGGGCUGUCUGGUCCAGCUGUUCUUCAUCCACUCCAUCUCUGCUUUGCAGUCUGCCAUCCUGAUGACAAUGGCCUUUGACCGUUAUGUGGCCAUCUGCGAGCCCCUGCGUUAUGCUACCAUCCUUUCCAAUAGUCGCAUUGGGCUCAUUGGCCUAGUGAGUUUAGUGAGAGCCAUCCUGUUCAUUCUCCCCAUGCCCAUCCUCCUUCAGCAGAUGCCCUUUCAUGCCAAACAUGUCAUCCCCAGCACCUACUGUGAGCACAUGGCUGUGGUGAAGAUAGUGUGUGUGGACACUACAGUCAACAGGACAUAUGGUCUAGUGGUGGCCUUGUUGGUUACUGGGCUAGACAUCUCAGCUAUUGCCUCAUCUUAUGUGCUAAUCAUCCGGGCUAUAAUGGGGCUUUCUUCUAAGGAAGCCCACCACAAAGCAGUCAACACCUGCACCACACACAUCUGUGUCAUGCUUAUCUCUUACACUCCCUCAUUAUUCUCUUUUCUCACUCAUCGCUUUGGCCAGGGAAUUCCACCCCAUGUCCAUACCAUUCUUGGCAGCCUUUACUUCCUUGUACCGCCAAUGCUCAAUCCUAUUAUUUAUGGAGUGAAAACCAAGGAGUUUCGGGACAAAUUGACCAAAUAUGGGUGCUAG